GUGAGGUGACGGUUGAUCAAGCAACAUGUUGAAGUUACUAAUUUUUUUGGCUGCGGUGGCAGUUUGUCUCGGACAGUGGCAGAACAUUAGAGUAAAUUACACCCUGUUCACAAGGAAUGACCCAACCGAUGGUCAGGAUAUGACAGAAUCCAUACCAGAUGAUUUCUAUGAUGAGGAAAAUACAAUAUUCCUAAUACACGGUUACGCGGGCAAUACAGUGAAUAGGUUCAAUAAAUUAGUCCGGGAUGAUAUUUUCAGAAACACUACAAAUCACUAUAACGUUAUUGUUGUUGACUGGACAGCAGAAGCGAGUUUUAGUUACACACAUGCAAGGAAUAAUGUACCUAAUGUUGCUAGGAACUUAGCCAGUUUUAUACAAAGGUUAACAACUACGGGAAAAUUUUCAAAAUUAAGAUCAGGUACUCGUAUUUAUAAUGAAGCCAGUAGAGUACUAGGACAGUCAGCAGGACCAACAGAAGAUCCUACAACAACAUCAGAAGCUACAACAACAACAACACCAGAACCUACAACAACAACAACAGAACCUACAACAACAGAAACUCCAACAACAACAACAACAACAUCAGAUCCUACAACAACAACAACUGAAGGAUUUGCAACAGAGGGUUUCGAACUGCCGGGUAAUGAAGCAAACGUAGAACUUUUUCAUUUGGUUGGGUUUGACCUUGGAGCACACGUUGCUGGUAUAGCUGGUAGAAUUCUUCAGGAAGACUCUCAAUUGGUUGGUAGAAUCACUGGUUUGAACCCAUCAGGACGUCAGUGGGGCACAGGUUCCGAGCGCUUGAAACGAGGUGAUGCCAGAUACGUUGAAGUGAUUCAUACGGAUACUUUAGGCGUCCUUGCCAAUGGUAUCGGAGAUCCCAUUGGUGACAUAAACUUUUACGCUAAUGGAGGAAAUAAUCAACCAGGCUGCCUCACACACUCCUGUUGCCAUGACCGCGCUUUCGAGCUUUUCGCAGCAUCAAUGAUCAACCCCAAUUUAAAGGGACGUGCAUGUACUACACAAACACAAAUGAACCUUAAUUUAUGUCGUGGAGAAGAUUUGCAUUUAGGUGGCACUCGUUUAUCAAAGAAUGGUGCGUUCGUCUACAGGAUCAAUACAUCAAGAAGAUAUCCGUUCUGAAAAAUUAAUGAUUAAAGACUAAUAAAUGUAUUUAAGAAGCGA